CUUUUUUUUUUAAUCUAUCUGUUUCCCCUUGUUUGUUUCUCAGUAGAUUAUCAUAAAGAUGCAUCAAACCCGACAGUUUACCAAACGUAGACCUCAAUCGCCUUUAACAACACAACAGAAUUCGAUUGAUGCUUUACAAAUUGGCGGAAAUAAGCUUCCUCGUAGCGGUUUAGCUAUUCAGAGUAAUGCCCCCACUCAUAUUGCUCAACGCUCAACUCCCAUUCGUACAGAAGUGCAUGAGCAUCAUCAAGCUGCUGUUACUAACCCAUAUGCUCCCGCUCAACACAAAAAACUUGAUGACGGACACGGCCAUCAGCAUGCGGCUCCUGAUUAUGGCUUCAAACAAGUGCAUCACGAUCAUAACCAGCAUGUUGGACACGAUCACAGCGGACAUGAUCACAGCGGACAUAGCCAUGCUGGACAUGAUCAUAGUAAUCAUGCUGGACACGAUCACAGCGGACAUAACCACGCCAGUGUUCACAGCCAUACUAUGCAUGAUCACAGCGGACAUAGCCACGAUCAUAGCGGGCACAACCAUGUUGGGCACAAUCAUGCUGGGCACAACCACGCUGGGCACAGCCACGCUGGACACGAUCAUGGAGCCCAUAACCAUGACCACGGAGCCCACAGCCAUGAUCAUAGCGGUCACAGCCACGCUAGUUUUCCUCAAGUUUAUACCCCACCUUUGCCCUCGUAUUCUUCCAUUCUCGCAUCUUUAGGACCUCAUCAGCAGGUGCUUUUCACCUGUUUCCUUGGACAUUUUGCGAUUGGUAUUAUUGUAUGGUGGUUAGGUGCAUCUCGUGAAAGUUUAGGUGUUGUUGGAUUUUCUUAUUUGGUAUUGUUUGAUGCAUUUGGUAUCUUGAACAACUUGGUGUCGAACGUGCUUGAAAUGAAUCCUGCAUUUAACACCAGCAGCACCAAGAGACCAUUUGGCGUCAAACGUUUUGAAUUGGUAUUUGCACUCGCGAACACAAUCUUUUUGUUAUUUGGCACCAUGUAUACAUCCAAGGAAUCAUUGGAGCACUUACUCUUGGAGGUACAUGGUGACCAUCAUGGUAAGAGCUCAUAUCCAUUUGGUUUGCUCUUAAUGGUAUCCAUAGCAAUGGGAGCUUCUGUUGUUUCAAACAUCAAAUUAAAAAAUCAUGAAAAUUUGGUGAAUCUCAGAAGCAGAUCCAAUAAUGGAGAAUAUUCAUACAACGACAUGAAGAGUGAGGGUGGAUUGGAAUCGGUAAAGAGCAACAUUUAUUCGUUAUCCGUUGUGUGUACUGGUGGAAUUGUGUUUAUGGUCCACUUGCUCGGUAUUGGAUCACCCACAUUGGAUAAGAUGAUGGCAAUGGGGGAAUCUGCAUUAAUGCUUUAUUUAGGAGGACCUACUGCAGCUGCAUUAGCCAAAGUAUUAUUACAGACCAUGCCUGAUUCACUCCAAUCCAGAGUUGAUAAUAAUCUGAGAAUGGUACAACAAAACCCCAAUGUUGUUUCGAUUGAUAAAGUCCAUUUCUGGCAAAAUUCAUAUGGUAAAUGUAUUGGUACUGCAGAAAUUGUGGUUCGACCUGAAGCCAAUGAGGAUGCUGUUCUUGAAAAUAGUUUCCAUCUUUUAGAGAAUUUGGUAAAAGACAGUGAUGGUGAAUUAACAAUUAGUGUUACCAAGAGAGAAUAAAUUAAAUCUCCACUUUCUACCCUUUCUUGAUUUUCUGUGUGUGAGUUUUUUGUUGUUGUUUAAGCAUCUUUCUCCUUUCCUUUC